GAGAUGCAGCCCCCUGCGGCCGGCUGACGGAGGGGAGAGCCAGGCUGGUCGCCCCAACACCGGGACUCUGAGUUGCCGCGCUUCCCGGGAGGCAGCGGCUGUUUGCUAAACCCCAGAGGAAGAGGACGUCCCGGGCCAGUCCUGCGGGCGACAUAGCUCCCAAGGUACCAUCGCAGCCGGGCGCCAAGGAGCACCUGCCGGGCCGGGGGGACUGGUCCCCGGGGGUGCCUGCCAGUCCUCAGAGCCCCUAAGGCAGCAGGGCCCCGCCAUGCCAGCCAAGACCCCCAUCUACCUGAAGACCUCGACGCCGAAGCGGGGCCGGAAGCUGCGGCUGCGGGAUGUGCUGUCGAGCGACAUGAUCAGCCCGCCACUGGGGGACUUCCGGCACAGUGCCCACAUCGGACUGGAGGGUGAGGGCGACAUGUUCGGGGAACUCUCUUUCCUGCAGGGCAAGUACGACCUGCUGCCCAGCCUGGGCCACCGCCUGGCCUCGCAGAACGCUCAGGCCGUGGGCCACGAGCCAGCCCGGGGCCCCUCCGCCAGCAGCUACCGCAGCCUGCUCAAGAGCGCUGUCUCCAUGCCCGUCUUCAGCGGGGCGCCGAGCCCGGAGCAGGCACCCCCCAAGCCGCCUCGGCUGCACCUGGAGGAGGUGCCCAGCAGCCAGCGCUCCAUGUCCAUCAGCUGCGGCGAGGGCACUUUCCACAGCGGCCAGGGCCUGGCCUUCUCCUCCAUCUCCCACUACGACCAGCUGCCCUCCUCCAUCUCCUUCUCCGCCACCUCCUCCGGGGGCUCCUUCCCGGGCCCGUGGGGCCUGGGCUACGGCGCCCGGGUCAGCGCGGACACCCAGGAGCCCCUGUACUCCCCCGGGGCCUCUGUCCCACGCUCUGAGUCCCUGCUGGGCCUGGACCUGGACCUGGGUCCCUCCAUCCUGGACGACGUGUUGCGGAUCAUGGAGGAGUACAAGCUGGCCGGAGCCAAGGCUGUGUAGAGCCAUCCUCCAUGCCAGGGAGGCUCCUUUCCUGCCCCCCAUCCGCGGGGGUGCCACCCACUCAGAGAACGCCCUGACAUCUGCCCCGCGCCCCCGCCCUGGGCCCACGAGGGGCACCGUGGCCGGCUGGGCUCUGUGGGGAACCUGCUGGGACUGGCCCCCAGAGGGGACUGAGGGGCACGGCUUAGCCCCUGACCCAGCGCGGCUCCGGAACCGGCCUCGGGCGUCGCCUGGUGGAGGAGAACACGGCGCAUGGAUGCUCCCUCCAGCUCUACCUGGCCAGCAACACCAGCUGGACUUCAGGAAGUUUCAGGCUCUCAGAGCCCCCUGCCCGGCUCUGUCCCUG